AUGCCUAGAACGGUUUGGGGGUGUUACAGCUACCCUCUUCCCAAUAUCGACCACCUCGUCGAGUCCACAGCCGGGAACGAGAUGCUCACGUUCAUGGAUGCGUUCUCCGGAUACAACCAGAUCAUGAUGCAUCCUGGCGACCGCGAGAAAACGGCCUUUAUCACAGAUAGGGGAACCUACUGUUAUAAGGUUAUGCCAUUUGGCCUAAAGAACGCGGGAGCGACUUACCAACGACUUGUGAAUCGGAUGUUCGCGGAUAAGCUAGGCGACACCAUGGAAGUAUACAUUGAUGACAUGUUUGUCAAGUCGCUACACGCCGCCGAUCACCUCUACCAUCUACGAGAUUGCUUUGAGACUCUCAACAAGUACAGCAUGAAACUAAACCCAGCAAAGAAGUUCAUCUGGGACGAGAAGUGCGAAGAAGCAUUUACUCAACUCAAACAAUAUCUAACUACGCCGCAUGUACUCGCCAAGCCGGACGUCGGGGAUGUCUUAUCUCUUUACGUCGCGGUGUCCCCUGCAGCAGUCAGUAGCGUUCUCAUAAAGGAAGACCGCGGCGAGGAAAAACCGAUCUUCUACACAAGCAGGCGUAUGACAGGACCGGAAACGCGAUACCCGACACUAGAGAAGAUGGCCCUGCCCGUCGCAGAAGCAGCACGAAAGCUCCGCCCGUACUUCCAGUCACAUUCAGUGGAGGUACUAACCGACCAGCGUCUCCGAACAAUACUGCAGAACACAAACAGGUCGGGAAGACUAACAAAAUGGGCUAUAGAACUCGGUGAGCUUGACAUCACUUACAAGAACCGUUCGGCGGCAAAGUCCCAAGUCCUCGCGGAUUUCUUAGUUGAGUUGGCUCCAGAACUGGAACAAGACCUCGCACUCCCAAACCCAAACUGGACCCUUCAUGUCGACGGGUCAUCAACCAACAAAGGUUCAGGGGCCGGAGUCCAAUUGCAAUCCCCAACCGGCGAGUUGAUCAGACAGUCUUUUAGUUUCGGUUUCCUAGCAUCGAACAACGAGGCUGAGUACUAA